UCCUUCAGUAAAAGAUUAAAACAUCACUCAAAAUGCGCGCCAUCUUCGCUGUGUUCCUCGUGGCCAUGGUGCUGUACCUGAUCCAUUCCACCGAGGCCAACUACAGGAAACCACCCUUCAAUGGAUCUAUCUUCGGGAAGAGGGGAACAGUUGAAUACGAUUCCACCGGGAAGGCCUUAUCAGCCCUUUGCGAGAUAGCCUCAGAGACCUGCCAGGCCUGGUACCAGACCCUGGAGAAGUAGACGAUGACCAGCAUUUCAUAACCCUUGAAGAGCAAAACAACCAUGUAAAUUAGUAGGUAGCGUUUGUUUACCUAUAUUUGCAAAUAAAUUAUAUUUCAUUUCAUUUUAUUUACCUGUAACUUGAGGAAAAUGUAUUUAAUUAAUUUAAAAUGUACUGUAAA